GGGGCGCAUCCCGGGUGAGGCUCACAAUCCGAUGGUUCAUCCACUCUCUUCUCGCGCACCAUGAACUGAAUGUGUCCGGGACAGAUCAGGGAAGAUGGCGGCCACUGACCAGUCCCGGUCCGAAGCUGCCAAACAGCGACGGCAGGAUCAGCUCCAGCGAUGGCUGGGCUCGGAAACCGACCAGACAGACUCAGAAGCUCGGCAUACGGCGGACGGCUCAGGGACUCGUCGGGCGAGUGUCCGUUUCGCUCAGGGAGCCGUGUUUAUGGCCGCCUGCUCCGCCGGGGACCGGGAGGAGGUGGCGGCGCUUCUCCGGCAGGGAGCUGACAUCAACCACGCCAACAUUGACGGUCUGACAGCGCUCCACCAGGCCUGCAUUGAUGAGAAUGCUGAGAUGGUGCAGUUUCUGGUAGAGAGCGGUAGCAACGUCAACAUGGGCGACAAUGAGGGCUGGAAUCCCCUGCACGCUGCGGCAUCCUGCGGCUUCAUCCAGAUUGCAAAGUACUUGAUAGAACAUGGUGCUCACGUCGGAGCGGUAAACAGUGAAGGGGACCUUCCUCUGGAUGUGGCCACAGAGGACGCUAUGGAGAGACUGCUCAAAGGCGAAAUCAAAAAGCAAGGAAUCGAUGUGGACCAGGCCCGAAAGGAGGAGGAGAGGAUCAUGCUCCAGGACGCCAUGGCGGUGCUUGAAGGCGGCGGCACGCUGAUGCCUCACCCGAACACCAAGGCAACAGCUCUGCACGUGGCGGCCGCCAAAGGAUACAUUGAAGUUCUAAAGGUGCUCUUACAAUGCGGGGUGGACGUGGACAGUCGGGACGUGGACGGGUGGACGCCUCUGCAUGCCGGAGCUCACUGGGGGCAGGAGGAGGUGUGCACGCUGCUUAUGGACCACAUGAGUGACAUGACUGCCAUCAACAAUGUGGGCCAAACACCUUUAGAUGUUGCAGACGAGAACCUAGUGGACAUGCUAGAGGAACUGCAGAAGAAGCAGAAUGCUUUACGUACCGAGAAAGAAAAACAGACUGCUGUCAUCGAAACCAGCCUGCAAAUCUCCACAGUACCAGUUCGCACACGAAGGACUUCUAUCUCGCGUAUGAGCAGUAAGGAAAAAAUUUGCCUCCAUGAGCGGGAGAAGCACCCGCCGCCUGCCCUGCAGAGUAGCCCGGCCGAGGACGAGGAGGACGAAGGCCAGACUGCACGGAGUCAGUCUCAGAGUCAGCCCAAAGCCUCUAGCAGCUCCAGCUCGGAGGAGGAGAGCGAAUCAGAGAGUGAUGCAGAGUCUGAGAAAGCAAAAAACCGAGAGAUGAUCAACAACUUGAACAACAAACGCAACACCAGCAGCCUCCUUCCUACCUCCAUGCCGGCAAGCACUGCUGCAAGCCAAGUUAAAAAGGAACCAGGCAAACCCCCGGUGACAGAGGCACCAGGUUCCUGGAGGACAUCACUGAGGAAAGCAGGCAGCUCUGUGACUCUGGGCUCAGUAGGACUGUCUGACUCCAGCCCAGACCAGAACAAGCCCGCAGAGUCAGCCCUGGGGAUGACGCGCUCUGCCUCUAGUCCUCGUCUCAGCUCUGAAACCGACCCCAAGGAAACAAGACUUGCUCGGGUGCCUCCUAUUCCCACUAGGAGACUCUUCAGUAUUCCAGACAGCAAUCCUGAGAACUCCAACAGCUGGCUAAGCCGUAGCUCGUCUUACACACGCCGCCUUCACAGCCAAUCAUGGAAUGACUUCACUAGCUCCAAUCCGUCUUUGCCUCACAGCUCUUCUUACGGAAAGAGACUGGAUGCCGCCAACAUUAACUCGGGUAGCACAGGAACAAGCUCAUCUGGACUCAGUCGCCUAAACAGUGCCUUGGCACAGAGACUUCCUCAGGAACAAACAGAUCCGUCCCCAUUGGUUACCAGCACAACCCCUCCUGAAUCGGAGGCUAAGCAGAGGCGCAAGUCCUACUUGACACCAGUUCGGGAUGAGGAGGCAGAGGCACAGAGAAAAGCUCGCUCGCGGCAUGCACGGCAGUCUCGACGCUCCACUCAGGGGGUGACGCUGACAGAUCUUCAGGAAGCUGAGAAAACCAUGAAGACCAUGAAGCUUGACAACAAAGGGAGAGAAAAGAAGGAAGAAGACGAGAAGGAGAAAGAAUUAAAGUCUAAAAAGGGAGAGGAAGGGGAAGUAAGCUGGAGGUCUCGAAUAGCCAGCCUUCAGAAGUCGGACCUUCUGGGUCUCACACAGCCCGCAGGCACCCCACGACCUCAGACCACAGACAGGAGAGUAACUGAGGUCAGCAUUGGGGAGAAUGAUUCUGAACGAUGGGCCCAGGAGCGCAGAGAGAGGAGACAAGCUCGAGCCAGAAGGAAGGCUCAGAGGAGUGGGGAGCCUGAUGACAAUGAUCCCAGCGGAGAGGAAGAGUUUUCGGGCAGCCGGCUGGAUCCACAGUCAGACCAGCACUUGGGUUCCAGAUCCAGUGCACCCUUUAAUGAGGAAGGAGAGAGUAAGGAUUUCAAAAAGCUGUUUGAGGAAGUGACCAGAGAAAACAGCCAGCUUCAGUCUCAGCUGCAGGACACACAGAGGAUUGUCAGUAAGACCAGGCUGGACCUAGAAAAGGCCACCCAGAGACAGGAGCGCUUCACUGACUGUUCAGCCCUGCUGGACCUUGAGCGAAAGGACCGAAGGAUGCUGGAACGGCGCAUGGCGGAGCUGGAGGAGGAGCUGAAGGUUCUGGUUGACCUGAGAGCAGACAACCAGCGUCUUAAAGAUGAGAAUGGAGCACUGAUUCGUGUCAUCAGCAAACUCUCCAAGUAGAUCGAGAGGGACCGAGACACAAAAAGCAGGGACGCCCUCCUCCUUUUCAUCCAUCACUCCACUCACAUUCCUCCAAAUGCCAAAGAGCAAGAGGAGGGGGGGGCAGCAGAGUGUCCUGCUUCCAUGAGCACUACAUCUUGACUUGGAUUGUGACGCCGCUGAAACAGCUGGUGUGGCUUUUGUGUGCCUUGUUUGUCACAGGAAGUGUUUUUGGUGUGACGGCCGGGUCCCACAGAAGCCAAAGUGCCCACGUGUACCACAACUGUGCAUCAGGGAAGGGCAUGCACACUUAUGUGUGCACACUAUACAUCUUUGAUGCGCACAAGGCCUUUUUUGGUCUUUAAUCUGCCACUUGGUAUUUAUUUUUGUGAACACAUUUGCAUCACACAUUCACAAUUUUGUUUUGUCACAAUGGCCGGCCGUCCUGAGCUUGUGGCAUCAAGCAGGAAAGGGUUUUUGGUUUUUAAGGUUUGUUUCCACAUGCAAGUGUUUGAACCCACCUACCUCUCCACCUAUGCACCCCUUUUUACUCCUACAUACGUUUUAUUUUUGUGACCACACAUACACUCCAUGAUUUUAAAAAGAAAUGAAAAGACCACGGGUGCAGGUCACGGCACUUUACUCUCUGCAAAGCAAUUAAAAAUACGUAAAAAGAGCCUGAUCAGAACUUUCUCCCUGGUGUUCGUCUGAAAGCAAGUAGUGGGAGAAGCUGAAGGUCAAGGUCAUGCACAAUUUUUAAAAGUUGCUGUUCAGUUGAAGUCUAUUAAGCUAUGAAUAUUUUUAUCAUUGAUUAAAAAAAAAUAGAAAUGUCAUAGUUUUUCAAUGUAAAGUCCUCUCUUGCAAGAGAGCAUGGCUAUGUACUGUAUAUUAUGUAUAAAUAUUAGUCAAUACCCUUUUUUGAAGUUAAUGUAGCCUUCCGUCACUUCUUGCUUUUCUAAUAUAUUAAAUGAUGUCUGCACCCUGAGUACAAGUUUGUAGUGCCUUGUUUGGAUGGAUGUAUUGUUAGGAUUCUUCUGAACUCUAGAAUUCUAUCUCAGUCAGUAAUUUGUGGUUGUUUACUGCUGCUUCAACCACACUACUUUGUUUGCAUGCUUCUUGUCUUCUCUUUGAUUACACUUCCACCAUUUGGGAGGAAAGAAAGAGGCAUAGCCGCAGGCAUGCCUUCAAAACGUGCGCUGUUUAGUGCCUGAUAUCCACGAUGUGCUGGAUGACUGCACAUGAGUUGUCUUGAGCUCUAGUGCAUGAAGAUCCAUCUGUUUGUCUCAUCUGAGUUCAGCGUGAUGGGCCGCUCUUCUGCAGGGUAGACAACAAGCCGAGCACCUAAUAAGGAAGGCCAGGCCGGCCAAGUCUCGCUCUCUGUAAAUAUCCCAAAGGUCUGAGAAAGGGAGGAAGAGGGAAGUGAAUGGAUCGCAGCCUUAUAUGGACAAAGCAUUGCAAUUCCCAGGGUUUGUGGCUCUGACCCCCUUCGGCUUGAUGCCAGAUGCUGAACAAACAGCUUCUCGGCGCCACCAAGAGGUGCAACUCCUGUAAGCCUCUCGCUUACCUCUGCAGGAUCUUACACCACAAGUACAUUGAUAGAAUGUUGGUUACUCCCCUGUUGCAUUAAGGUCAGUUGAAAGCAUUAUACUGUACCAUCAUUAUCAUUAGCAGGGCAUUUAGAGGAAAAAGAUUACCUCCAGGUAAGUCAAGUUUGAGACCUCUGUUCUAAAACAACGUGAUUCCAGGGGAUGCCCAGCAGCUGGAGAAAAGCAAAGACAAAACAGGCUUCAGAAAUUUUAUUUGGGCAGUCGAGGAUGCUUGAGCUGGACUGCCAAACUUGUCUUAAGCUACUUUUGUGACGCCAUCACAGAAGGGUGCCGGUGAUGGCAAAUAAGAGAGGUGUGAUGAUAACCAUAGAACAGAAAAAUAACUGACAGGGUCUUGCUUCUCAGUCCAGAACAUUUCAGCAAUGUGUUUGUCAUGGGCCUUCAAAUGGUUAUUUUAGUUGCCUCCGCCAAGGAGGUUAAUGUUUUUGCUGGCUUUUAUCUGUUUGUGUUCAAAAUAACUUAAAAAGUUCUGAAUGGAUUUGGAUUCAAUUUUCAGGAAUUGUCAGAAAUGGGAUAUGGAAGAACUGAUCGAAUUUUGGGGGUGAUCCGGAUCACUGCCUGGAUCCUGGAAUUUCUGAAAGGAUUCUUUAAAAUUGCGAGAUAGGACGAUUUUCAGCAUUUGAGUAUAUAACGCCACAAAAAAUGGGGGGAAUACAGGACAAGUUUCCAAAAGGUUCUUCAAGCAUGAAAGACUGAUCUAGAUAAUGCAAUAAUUCCGAAUACUAUGACCCACAAUAUGAAAAAAAAAUAAAUUUUCAUCAUAGGAAGAGAACAAAAGAAGCUAUGAGCAUGCAACAAACACUACUGUAUAGCCACGAAACUGUGGAAUCUGGAGUGUGCCAACAGAUUUGUUGUAUCUUCGAAAGCUAUGGAGAUAGAUCCAGAAGACAACCACCAUCACAAUAUGGGAGGAACUAUGGCGCUUGGCGGAGGUCUGCACUCUCAGAGUGCUUUUCUAGUUUUUUUUGUAAACUCCUCUUUACACUUUUGGAACAGUCCGAAUGUUACCUAAAACGUCUGCACGGGUAAUGCUGGUUUUAUAAAGGCGGCAAUUUGAAGAAGACAUUUGUUCACUUUACUCUGGGAAAAAUGUAUUUGAAAUGAGAACAACUUGCAAGUCAGCCAUCAUCAUGGAAAUCAUUGUGUUCUUACUUUGGAGGUUCCAGUUUUUUAAAUAUUCAAAUUAACAUGAAAGUGGCAGUAACACCGCGCUCUGUACAGGCUAACCUGAUCGUAAAAUAAAA